GUAAAAUGGCAGAAGCCAGUAUUUCAGUGGUUCAGGAUCAGUUCAUCUGUUCAAUCUGUCUGGAUCUACUGAAGGAUCCAGUGACCAUUCCCUGUGGACACAGUUACUGUAAGAGAUGUAUUACAGACUGCUGGGAUCAAGAUGAUCAGAAGAGAAACUACAGAUGCCCUCAGUGCAGACAGACCUUCACUACAAGACCUGUUUUAAAUAAGAAUGUGGUGUUUGCUCAGAUGGUGGAGAUGCUGAAGAAGACAAAACUCCAGUUUGAUCGACCUUCUCCCAGUUAUGCUGGACCUGGAGAUGUGGAGUGUGACGUCUGUACUGAGAGAAAACACAAAGCUGUCAAGUCCUGUCUGGUGUGUCUAAACUCUUACUGUCAAAAUCAUCUUGAACAACAUGAGAAAUUCUUCAAAGGCAUGAAGCACAACCUGACAGACGCCACUGGACGACUUCAGCAGAUGAUCUGCCCUCAACAUGAGAAACUUUUAGAGAUUUACUGUAAAACUGAUCAGCUCUGUAUAUGUCUACUGUGUAUGGUGGAUGAACACAAUAACCAUAAGACUGUAUCAGCUGCAGCAGAGAGGACUGAGAAACAGAAAGAACUGAAGGAGAUGCAGAGAAAAUACCAGCAGAGAAUCCAGGAGAGUCAGAAGAAGCUUCAGGAGCUGAGAGAUGCUGUGGAGACUCAUAAGCGCUCUGCACAGACAGCAGUGGACGACACUGAGAGGAUCUUUACUCAACUGAUCCAAACCAUUGAGAGAAGACGAUCUGAGGUGACACAGCUGAUCAGAGAUCAGGAAAAGACUGCAGUGAGUGAAGCUGAAGGACUCUUGAAGCGACUGGAGCAGGAGAUUGAUGAUCUGAGGAGGAGAGACGCUGAGCUGGAGCAGCUUUUACACACAGAUGAUCACAUCCAUUUCCUCCAGAGUUUUCAGUCUCUCUCUGUUCCUCCUGGAUCUUCAGACUCACUCAACAUCACUGUCAGCUCUCUCAUCUCUUUUGAUGAUGUAGGAAAAUCUGUGUCUCAUCUGAGAGAGAAACUGGAGGAUUUUUGUAACGAAGAGAUAGAAAAGAUAUUGAAUAGUGAAAGUGAGACCAGGAAGCAGUUUCUAAAUUAUUAUUAUCACUUCACUGCAGAUCCAAACACAAUGAAUAAACGGCUUCGUCUGUCUGAGGGGGACAGAGUGAUUACUGACACCAACAGAAUGCAGCUGUAUCCUCAUCAUCCAGACAGAUUUAAUGGUUGUUAUCAGGUGUUGUGUAGAGAGAGUGUGAGUGGACGCUGUUACUGGGAGGUUGAGUGGAGUGGUGUAGUGGAUAUAUCAGUGUCAUAUAAGAGCAUCAAGAGGAAGGGAGGUUAUGAGUGUGAGUUUGGAGGUAAUGAUCAGUCCUGGAGUUUGUACUGCUGUGACACCAGUUGUUCAUUCAGACACAAUAACAUUAAAACUAAACUCCCUGUAGUGAGAUCUUCUAGAAUAGGAGUUUAUGUGGAUCACAGUGCAGGAUCUCUGUCCUUCUACAGCGUCUCUGACACAAUGACCCUCAUCCACAGAGUCAACACCACAUUCACUAAACCUCUCUAUCCUGGGUUUUAUGUGUCUGGAUCAGUGAAACUGUGUGAUCUAACAAUAUAGACAUUCUACAAAUAAUAUUAUCAUGUCAGAAAUGUGUCAUAUCAGAAGAACUCAAUGAUGAAUUAACAACCAUUU